AUGUCGCACCGCUCGUACAUCCCCGCCGACAACAAGGCCAAGCCCACUGUCACCGUCAUACACGACGAAGCCGGGGGCUUCGUCAUCACGGCGGAGAGCGGCAACACCUUCGAAGCGGUCCGUCUCGUCGAGCCUACAUGGGGGGAGAUCACGGCCUACUACGAGGUGGGCGACAAGACCAAGUACUUGCCCCCGGACAAGUACGUCGUAGAGGUCAAGGAGUCGACGAUCAUACCCAGCGGGGCGAAGCUAGUCGUGUUCCCCAUCCCGGAGAGCAUGGGCAUGCCCAAGAAGCUGUGGACCCUCUACUUCCCGCCUGUGGUGCCCGGCACGAACGACGAGCACGCUCCUGGUACGCAGCCUGCUCCCGCUCUCCUCUUCACCAAGGACGAGAAAGACGCCGCCGUGGUCGAGAAGAGCAGCCUCGAGCCGAUCCAGGUGCGCCCCAGGUUGAUGCACCCCAUCGGCGAAGAGACGCAGAAGGAGAGGGAGAGGGGGCGACGCACUUUCCCUGCUCUGGCGGACGAGAAGUUCGAGGAGAUGUGGCAGGGAUCGACCUUGGGAGGGCUGAAGGCCGGAGUGCCUCAUUGGCAGGACGAUGACGACGACGAGACGGUUGCGGCGGCGGCUGGCAAGGGGAGGGAGAAGAGCGAGUAG